ACUUUGGCAGCAUUCAGAAGGCCCGAGUUACUCAACCAUGACAAAUUGCUCAGUCCUUCACCAUUCACUUCCUAAAACUCAUUUUUAGAAUGGGAUCUUCGUGGCGUUUCUGAUUAGCAAUGCUCCUGAAAUUUCCUCAGCAUGUGGAAAGGCCAUAGAUGAAUUCAAGCACAUUAAAGAAGACUUAUGCAGGGCCACCCUACAUCAUGCAGCAGUUCUGCCGAGAUCAUGUCUGUGCUGUUCUUCUACAUCAUGAGGUACAAGCAGUCAGAUCCAGAGAAUCCAGACAAUGACCGAUUCGUCCUCGCAAAGAGACUGUCAUUUGUGGAUGUGGCAACAGGAUGGCUUGGGCAAGGACUGGGAGUUGCGUGUGGAAUGGCAUAUACUGGCAAGUACUUCGACAGGGCCAGCUACCGGGUGUUCUGCCUCAUGAGUGACGGCGAGUCCUCAGAAGGCUCUGUCUGGGAGGCAAUGGCCUUUGCUUCGUACUACAGUCUGGACAAUCUCGUGGCGAUCUUUGAUGUGAACCGCCUGGGACACAGUGGUGCGCUGCCCUCUGAGCACAGCAUAGACAUCUAUCAGAGGCGCUGCGAAGCCUUCGGGUGGAACACUUACGUGGCGGACGGCCGGGACGUGGAGGCACUGUGCCAGGUGUUCUGGCGGGCCUCUCAGGUGAAGCACAAACCCACUGCUGUGGUGGCCAAGACCUUCAAGGGCCGGGGCACACCAAGUAUGGAGGAUGCAGAAAGCUGGCACGGAAAGCCAAUGCCAAGAGAAAGAACAGAUGCCAUUAUCAAAUUAAUUGAGAGCCAGAUAGAAACCAGCAGGAACCUUGAUCCACAGCCCCCCAUCGAGGACUCCCCUGAAAUCAACAUCAUGGAUGUAAGGAUGACCUCUCCACCUGAUUACAGAGUUGGUGACAAGGUAGGCAGAAA